AUGACAGAAUCCAUCAUCUCAUUCAACAUCAUCAUUUGCGAGCCCAUCCAGCAAAUUGAUUUUGAUGCAGAGCCAGCAGCCCCAGACAUUCCAAAUGCGUCUCAAUUGAUCCAUGCGCGUGCCAACUUGACCUACUGGCAGAACUGGGCAUCGAUCGGCGGUACCUACCUUACUGGCUUUGCUGAUUUGGCUGGUGCAGUUGCAACUAUCGUGUCCGCUAAAUCAAGUGCUAAAAGCUGUGCCACUACCCUUGCUCAAGUCGAUGCAAAGCGCGAUGUGGAGGGGCCAAUUGGAGUUGAAGCGAUGGCGGUUAGCCUUGUUGCUGAUGGAUACAACCAAACUGGUGAUUGGUUUUACCACACCAAUGGAAAUAUAACUUUCGACGGUUUCUUCUCCAAUGGCCAGGUGCGGAUCCACGACCUCUAUGUCGCGGGCAACUACACCGGUGCUCAUAUCUCAUAUGAAGACAAUGUGAUUGCUGCGGAAACAGAUCUCUACAAGCGUACUACCUGGAGUCACAAGUCAGUCAUCUUGGAAUACCACUCCUACAAGGGUGUUUGCAAGACACGCUUGACUAAGGCUCAACUGAAGGAGGCGGCGGAGGUGCAGCUGCACACGAUGUCCUCCAACCGUGACAAGUGCUCGUGCUGGACAUACACCGGUGGGCAUGGUUGGUACGGCGAGGUGAAGCUUAUGGAAGUGUACGCUACUCGGCGUCGUGCUACAACACCGCCUGUAAUGCCACUUAAAGUGGUAUGA